AUGGCUAGUUCUAUGAACAGCAGGAACCGCAUUCGUCGUCGACUGGCUGCGAUAUCCUUUCUGUCCAACAUCUCGCUGGACGGUACCCAUCGGGACACGAAGCUCGGUCCGCUGCACGGAGGCGGAGGAGGCGUUGCGUCACUUGCCGGUAGAGCGGGUGGUACGGUUAGCCACACCAGUGCGGCACUAGCGCUGAACAACAAUGAUCUGGACGGUGUCGGCACGUGUAAUGACGAGUCGGGAGAGGAUGGGCCCGAUGCGCCUGGGGGGACAGUUGCUGCCGGCAGGGAACGAGGAGGUGGAUGGCAACCGGGCGGAGUUGCACCGUGCGAGGGUGUUGCGGCCGGCUUGAGCGGGUCGGCCCACCCGCUGGCCGCUGCCGAUGGGCAGCAGAGGGCACGGGCCAGAACUGGAACGUUUAGCAAAAGUCCCGAACGCUACGCCGGAAAGCGGAUCGACAGCGAGGGCAACAUGGUGGUCAGCAAUGGCUCGUCGGCCAAGGGCACACCGGCCAAGGAUCGUGAAAAUUGGAAUCCCAACGAUGGACGGCUGAACCAUACGGCGGACAAGCGCUCGCGAGCGAACUCCGCCACGCAGCGUCCAACCGGUGCGAAACGGUCACUGCUGAUGAACACUAGCGCGGGUGCAAUCGUAACCGGUGGUGCGUCCGGCGGCAGUGGUGGCAAUGGGUCAGAUGAUCCACCCCGCCCCGGCGGUGCUGCGAUGGGCUGGCAUACGAACAGCAGCACGGAAAGCCUCAUCCAGGGUCGGCCGAACCGGAGCGUCGUCAUCAACGAGCAGGGUGGUGGCGGUGGUGCGUAUCCGCGCGAGGUACGCUACUACAACCAGAUGGACGUACGGCGCCACCCGACCGGCUUCCAGGAGGACCGCAUUGUGCUGCUGGCGAAGAAGGCACCGUGUCACAUAUUCUCGGUGUUGCCGUACUGCAAGGGGAAGGCAUCGCGGGCCGAAAUGCGCCGCGAGCGCCGCCGUCAUCCGUCCGGUGCGCGUCCACUGUCGUCGAUUAAUGACGCACCGUUCGAUGCGUUCCGUUUGCUCGGCAUCGAACGGGGUGGUGAGGUGGGCCAGGAAGUUUCGUACGGAUACUUGCUGAUUCCGUCGCGGGCCUAUCACCGCGAGAAGAAGCACACAGAGAAGGCUAUAAAGAGUGGGUUCGAAAUCACGAACUUCGCGUCGCUGGAGAAUCAUGCCGCGGCACGGUACUAUGAUACGUUGAAUCGUAACAGUGCGGCAAGUCCGUCGCAGACGGUGGCCACAUCGGGAGGGACCGGUGGGGCUGGUGCUGGUAGUGGACCAUCGUCAGGAUUGCUGGACAUCUCGAAAGAGUACGAAGACGGGUACACUUCCAUUUCCGGGAUACAAUACUCGGCCAACAUUCUGGACGAUCCGGAGCUGAUCGCCGGCAAGCAUCGUACGCUGCUAACAUUCACGUCGUACGUGACAUCCGUCAUUGACUAUGUGCGGCCAUCCGAGCUGAAGAAGGAGCUGAACGAUCAGUUCCGCGAAAAGUUCCCACAAAUCCAGCUCACGCUCAGCAAACUUCGCAGCAUUAAACGGGAGAUGAAGCGCAUCAACAAGCUGGACAAUCGAAUCGACUUUCUGACCAUCUCGCAAGCGUACGUCUACUUCGAGAAGCUUAUCUUGUCCAAGCUGGUCAACAAGGAGAACCGGAAGUUGUGUGCCGGCGCUUGCCUGCUGCUGAGUGCCAAGCUGAACGACAUCAAGGGUGAGGCACUCAAGAGCUUAAUUGAGAAAACGGAAAGCGUCUUUCGCCUGAACCGUAAGGAACUGAUAGCUUCCGAGUUUGCCGUGCUGGUGGCGCUGGAGUUUAGCCUGCACGUACCGACACAGGAAAUUCAUCCGCACUAUCAACGUUUGAUGUACGAAUCCUAG